CAAAAAAAAUCCCCGGCGCCCGACACACGACAGGGGAGGAUUAACCGGAGUGGCAACCGGAAUAACAGUCAGAGUUUUUACGACCAAGGCCGAGAAGUUUUGCAUGAAGUGUAGACAGAGAGCAGAGGGAGAGGGAGAGGGAGAGGCGGCGACGGCAAGCGGAGCCCUCGGUGUGACAGACUAACCGAACACAGGCUUGCACUAACAUUUCUUCCCCCUCUCUCUCUCUUGUUCUCCGGGGCCCGGGCCGACUCUAACAUACAGCUGCUUCCGGGACUGUGGUGAGGAGGAUCGCGGCCGCGGCUGGCAAUGGGACUGUGAAUAACGACUGGUCUUCACACACAACAAUGAACUCCGCGGCCGUGUUUAGAAUUCACCAUGGAAAAUAGGCUGUUACAAAGAGCGUGAAACGGCAUUCUCACACAACCCAGAAUCAUUCUACACCGCUCCUAGUAUGUACUCUCCGCUCUGCCUGACUCAGGAUGAAUUUCACCCCUUCAUCGAAGCCCUCCUCCCCCAUGUCCGCGCUUUCUCCUACACCUGGUUCAACCUGCAAGCCCGCAAGCGCAAGUACUUCAAGAAGCACGAGAAGCGGAUGUCCAAGGACGAGGAGAGGGUGGUCAAGGACGAGCUCCUCGGAGAGAAGCCCGAAAUCAAGCAGAAGUGGGCGUCCCGGCUCCUGGCGAAACUGCGGAAAGACAUCCGGCCCGAAUUCCGUGAGGAUUUCGUGCUCACCAUCACCGGGAAGAAAGCUCCUUGCUGUGUUCUCUCCAACCCCGACCAGAAAGGCAAAAUCCGGCGCAUCGAUUGCUUGAGGCAGGCUGAUAAGGUGUGGAGGUUAGACCUAGUAAUGGUCAUACUGUUCAAGGGGACUCCCUUAGAAAGUACUGAUGGUGAACGUCUGGUGAAAUCACCACAGUGCAGUAACCAUGGCCUGUGCGUCCAACCUCAUCACAUUGGAGUUUCCGUCAAAGAGCUUGACUUAUACUUGGCCUAUUUUGUGCACAACCCCGGUAAGUUGCCCAUUUGCUUCUGUUGUUUACAUCUGCAUGCUCUCUCCCAUUGCACCCCUUGCUUUUUGCAUUUGGCCAAUUUGCGGGACAGACCAGCCAUGAUUUGGACAAUUCCCAUUUUCAUUCAUUUAUUUAUUUAUUUUUAAACGCAGAGAGAAAUC